AUGUCCCUGGAAGACGAUGAGCGAUUUGGAAGACCUGUCACAAGUUUCACCUCUGGAAAUGUGGAGAAAAUACAUCAGCUUGUGUAUGAGAAUCGUCAGAGGACAAUCAGCGAAAUUGCUGAUGUUGUUGGUCUGUCGUAUGGAUCCGUGCAGACAAUCCUAGCAUCUGAAUUGAUCAUGUGGCAUGUCUCUGCUAAGUUUGCCUCCCGCCUGCUGAUCACAGAGCAGAAAGAACAUCGCAUCGAAGUCAGAAAGAACAUCGCAUCCUUCAUGUCGAGGGACGAGAGUUGGGUCUACGGGUGCGACCCUGAGACGAAGUAG